ACCAAGUUUGUCACCAAGAUGUACGACCUGCUGCUCGUCAAGUGCGCCAAGCUCUUCCCCGACACCAACCUGGAGGCGCUGCUCAACAACGACGGCCUCUCCCCGCUCAUGAUGGCAGCCAAGACCGGCAAGAUCGGGAUCUUCCAGCACAUCAUCCGGAGGGAAAUCACGGAUGAGGAUGCCCGGCACCUCUCCAGGAAGUUCAAGGACUGGGCCUAUGGCCCUGUCUACUCCUCCCUGUACGACCUCUCCUCGCUGGACACCUGUGGGGAGGAGGUGUCCGUGCUGGAGAUCCUCGUCUACAACAGCAAGAUCGAGAACCGCCACGAGAUGCUGGCUGUGGAGCCCAUCAACGAGCUGCUGAGGGACAAGUGGCGCAAGUUUGGGGCUGUCUCCUUCUACAUCAGCGUGGUCUCCUAUCUCAGCGCCAUGAUCAUCUUCACCCUCGUCGCCUACUACCGCCCCAUGGAAGGCCCUCCGCCCUACCCCUACACCAGCACCGCCGACUACCUGCGCCUGGCCGGGGAGAUCAUCACCCUCCUCACUGGAAUCCUCUUCUUCUGCACAAAUAUUAAAGACCUGUUCAUGAAGAAGUGCCCAGGUGUGAACUCCUUCUUCAUAGAUGGCUCCUUCCAGCUGCUCUACUUCAUCUACUCGGUGCUGGUGAUUGUCACGGCAGGGCUGUACCUGGGGGGCAUCGAGGCCUACCUGGCUGUCAUGGUCUUUGCCCUGGUCCUGGGCUGGAUGAACGCCCUGUACUUCACCCGUGGCCUCAAGCUGACAGGGACCUACAGCAUCAUGAUCCAGAAGAUCCUCUUCAAAGACUUGUUCCGCUUCCUGCUGGUCUACCUGCUCUUCAUGAUUGGCUAUGCAUCAGCCCUGGUGUCCCUCCUCAACCCGUGUCCCAGCAGUGAGUCCUGCAGUGAGAAGUCCAACUGCACAGUGCCCACCUACCCCUCGUGCCGGGACAGCCAGACCUUCAGCACCUUCCUGCUCGACCUCUUCAAGCUCACCAUCGGCAUGGGCGACCUGGAGAUGCUCGAAAGCGCCAAAUACCCCGGCGUCUUCAUCAUCCUCCUCGUCACCUACAUCAUCCUCACCUUCGUGCUCCUGCUCAACAUGCUUAUCGCCCUCAUGGGCGAGACCGUGGGCCAAGUCUCCAAGGAGAGCAAGCACAUCUGGAAGCUGCAGUGGGCCACCACCAUCCUGGACAUCGAGCGCUCCUUCCCGGUGUUCCUGAGGAAAGCUUUCCGCUCGGGGGAGAUGGUCACUGUGGGGAAGGGCACGGACGGGACCCCUGACCGCCGCUGGUGCUUCAGGGUGGAUGAGGUGAACUGGUCCCACUGGAACCAGAACCUGGGCAUCAUCAGCGAGGACCCGGGCAAGAGCGACACGUACCAGUACUACGGCUUCUCCCACACUGUGGGCCGGCUGCGGAGAGAUCGGUGGUCCACCGUGGUGUGCCGUGCUGGGCUGCAGUUCGCGCUCUGUCCACUGGAGGGCGGCACACACCGCGCGAUGCGGGCCCGGUCCCGGUCCCGCCGGGCUGACCCCGUGCCCCGAGCGCAGCGCUGGGGCCGCUACCGGACCGCGGCAAACCAGCUCUCCUCAUCCCCAUAA